AUGGUGUCCGCGACGCUCAGCACGAAGACGGAGAUCAAAGGGUUCAAGUCCCCCACCGCGAAGCUCGCGACGUUCGAGAUCGAGUCCUCCGCCACCGUGGCGGGAUGGAAGCUCGUCGCCGUCGCCGCGCCGUCGACGCCCGCGCUGUCGAAAUCAGGCAUCGCGAAGCCGUCGUCGAGCGAGGUCGAGCUCAACGCGGAGGCGUCCAAGGACGGCCUGACGAUCUUCUUCGAUAACCUCCAGCUCCUCCCGAAGCGACAGUUCGGCCCGCGCGUCAAGUCGUCGACGAAGCACGCUCUGGGCUCGGGAGGGUACAAGGUUGGCGUCGACGCGACGUUCAUCGCGCGCGGGAACACGUCCGAGGGUAAAGCCAAGACGCCGGCGCCGACGGAGGUCCUGAAGCUCACGCUGAAGCCGGAUUCGAUUCGCGGGUUCACGCCGAAGAUGGACUACAGCACCGCGAAGAACGUCGCCGCGUUGGAGGUCAAGACGAACGUCGAUCGGUUCCUCGUCACGAUGAAAGGGGAGUACGAUCUCAAGUCCAAGGCGCUCGGAAACGCGAGCGCGUCGGCGUCGACGACGGUGAAGCUGCCGGAGGACGUCAAGGCGAAGAUCGAGGUGAAGAGCGACGCGUCCGGGAAGGUGGAGCUGAUGAAAGGGACGCUCACGGUGGACGUCCCGAUCAAGAAGGGGUUCAAGCCCCCGAGCGUGGACGAUAUCGCGCUCAAGAUUAAGUUUGAGCAGUCGCUCGCGUGA